GUGGAGUGGUGCUGGGAAUGGGACGUGCGCGACUUCCAUUCCCCCGGCGGGGCCUUGCCUUUUUUGUGACGUUAUCAAUAAGAAAGCAGGAUUUAGGCUUACUGCUGAUGCACCAGAAAAUUCAGAAAAAUACAAAGCACCCAUCACAGCACUCCGUGAUUUGUGUGGAGCCUUCUCGUCUUUUUUUCCCGUGAUGAGAUGCUGCGAAAACUCCAUCAUCAGCUGCGUGAUCGUCUCAUCUUACUCGUGAUCUGCGAGGUCGUGAGGAGGCCAGUGCCCGGAAGGGCAAACUGCGGCGCCCCCGUUGCUCAGCCCACCCCCCUGCCCGCACCGGGCCCCUCGGCCCCUUCGCCACCGGUGGCGGGGAUGCCCCCUUCCAGCCCACCCAGCGCCCACUGGUCUGACGUCUUAACUCUCUCCGUGAGAGGAUCUAGAGCUUUUCAGGGGUCUGAGCCUGUGUCAUUUUUGAAUCCUCUUUAAAAAGAGACAAAAGAUUAGAACAGGGAUGGAUUGAUACAUCCACACGAUGGAAUAUCGCUGAGCAGUCAAAAAUAACGAGCUGUUACACAUUCAACAGCGUGGAUGAAUCUCAAAAUAAAUAUGCGAGUGAACGAGGCCAGGGGUAAAAAGACUGGUUCUGUGUUUCCAUUUAGAUAAACUCUAGAAAGUGCACUGAUCUGGAGCUCCCUUGUGGCUCAGUGGGUUAAGGAUCUGGCAUUGUUACCACAGCUGCUCUGGUCGCUAAUGUGUAGGGGGUUCCAUUUAUGGCCUGGGAACUUCCAUAUGCCAGAGCUGGCCAACAACAAGGACAAAAACAAAAACAGAAAGUGAGUGCACUGAAAGCACGUCAAUGGUGGGGGCAGAACACUUGGUGGCUGGUGGUUAAGUUCAUUAUCUCUUUGGUUUUGGACUGUAUAUGUACCUCCAUUGAUAUUCAAGCAGACUAACUUAUGUAUUUAUUUUUUUUCUGCUGCACCUGCAGCAUAUGGAAGUUCCAUAUGCACGUCAAAUUGGAGCUGCAGCUGCCAGCCCAUGCAACAUCCACACCGAUCCUCCACACAUCAUCUGUGACCUACAACUCAGCUUGGGACAACGCUGUAUCCUUAACCCACUGAGGGAGGCCAGGGAUCAAGUCUGCAUCCUCACGGACAGUGUCGGGUUCUUAGCCUGCUAAACCACACCCGGAAUUCCAAAUUGCACACUCGUUUCAUUUGUCUUUUUUAUUUUAUUUUAUUUUUUAUUUAUUUAUUUUUUUCCAUUUCUUGGGCCGAUCCUGCUGCAUAUGGAGGUUCCCACUAGGGGUCGAAUUGGAGCUGCAGCUGCCGGCCUACGCCAGAGCCACAGCAACGCGGGAUCCAAGCUGCAUCUGCGGCCCACACCACAGCUCACGGCAACACCGGAUCCUUAACCCACUGAACAAGGCCAGGGAUCGAACCCACAACCUCAUGGUUCCUGGUCGUAUUCGUUAACCACUGAGCCCGGACGGGAACCCCUUGUCUUUUUAGGGCUGCACACGCAGUACAUGGAGGCUCCCAGGAUAGGGGUCAAAUGGGAGCUGUAGCCGUCGGCCUUCACCACAGCCACAGCAACGAGGGAUCCGAGCAGUGUCUGCGACCUACACCACAGCUCAGGGCAACGCCGGAUCCUUAACCCGCUAAGCAAAGCCAGGGAUCGAACCCCCGUCCUCAUGGAUGCUAGUCGGGUUCGUUAACCGCUGAGCCACACGGGAACUUCCCAAAUUACACAUUUCAAACGUGCAAUUUAUUGAAGGUCAGUCACAACUCAGUAGAACUAUAUAAACAAAGUAGUUCGUGGUCGCGGAAGGGGUCGUGGAAGUCUCAGGCCUUGAAGCUUGAGCUUUAUCAGCGUCACUUGUCUCCCUCAUCUCAUCGUCGUUUGCAUUUUCCUGUGAUACCAAAAACAAUCCUCUAAAUGUGGAAUUAGAGCCUCGGGGUCGCUCCACUGUAUCCUGGUUCGGUGUCAGUCUCUGAGACACGGAAACUGGAGACGACCUUCCAAUUCUGGUUGCAGGGCACAAAGUAUCUUGAAGAAGCCUGGGGCCCAAUGACAGCUUCCGGAAAUUCCGCAGCUAGUAAAAAGUUCUUGUCUUUUUUAGAGAAAUCAUGGGUAAAGUGGCCGUAGCUCUCCGGCCCCCGGCCCCCGUCUGUCUCUGGGAGGGCCACAGCACCCCCCAAACUCACAAGAGGCGCAGUACUUCUUUGCGGCGUAAUUUGUCCCUAUCGGCGAGUCGUAGAGUCUGUAAACAGCGCCGUUUCUGAUUGGCUGCUUGCCCCGCGCUCCGUCUCGCUCGGAGUCUGCGCCGGGCAACUGGGCCGGUAGUGGCGAUGUCCGGCCGGUCCAAACGGGAGUCUCGUGGUUCGACCCGCGGGAAGCGCGAGUCCGAGUCGCGGAGCAGCUCGGCUCGCGUCAAGCGGGAGCGAGAUCGGGAGCGGGAAACCGAGGCGCCGAGCUCCCGGAGCAGCCCGGUGCGCGUGAAGCGGGAGGUUGAGCCGGCGAGCGCGCGCGAGGCCCCGGCUCCAGUAAUCCCAGCCGUGAGAGUGAAGCGGGAGCGCGAUGUCGACGAGGACUCGGAGCCUGAGCGGGAGGUGCGAGCAAAGAAUGGCCGCUUGGAUUCUGAGGACCAGAGGAGCCGCCACUGCCCAUACCUGGAUACCAUUAACAGGAGUGUGCUGGACUUUGACUUUGAAAAACUGUGUUCCAUCUCUCUGUCACAUAUCAAUGCCUAUGCCUGUCUGGUGUGUGGCAAGUACUUUCAAGGUCGGGGUUUGAAGUCUCACGCCUACAUUCACAGCGUCCAGUUUAGUCACCAUGUCUUCCUCAACCUCCACACCCUCAAGUUUUACUGCCUCCCGGACAACUAUGAGAUCAUUGAUUCCUCGCUGGAGGAUAUCACGUAUGUGUUGAAGCCCACUUUCACAAAGCAGCAGAUUGCUAACUUGGAGAAGCAAGUCAAGUUUUCCCGGGCAUAUGAUGGCACCACUUACCUGCCAGGUAUCGUGGGCCUGAAUAACAUAAAGGCCAACGACUAUGCCAACGCUGUCCUUCAGGCUCUGUCUAAUGUUCCUCCUCUCCGGAACUACUUCCUGGAAGAAGACAAUUAUAAGAACAUCAAGCGUCCUCCUGGGGAUAUCAUGUUCUUGUUGGUCCAGCGUUUUGGAGAGCUGAUGAGAAAACUCUGGAACCCUCGAAAUUUCAAGGCACAUGUCUCUCCCCAUGAGAUGCUUCAGGCUGUUGUCCUUUGCAGCAAGAAGACUUUUCAGAUCACCAAGCAGGGGGAUGGAGUUGACUUUCUGUCCUGGUUUUUGAAUGCUUUACACUCAGCGCUGGGGGGCACAAAGAAGAAGAAGAAGACUAUAGUGACUGACGUCUUCCAGGGAUCCAUGAGGAUCUUCACUAAAAAGCUUCCUCAUCCCGACUUGCCAGCAGAAGAAAAAGAGCAGCUGCUUCACAAUGAUGAGUACCAGGAGACGAUGGUGGAGUCCACUUUUAUGUACCUGACGCUGGACCUCCCUACCGCCCCCCUGUACAAGGACGAGAAGGAGCAGCUCAUUAUCCCCCAAGUGCCCCUCUUCAACAUCCUGGCCAAGUUCAACGGCAUCACUGAGAAGGAAUAUAAGACUUACAAGGAGAACUUUCUGAAGCGCUUCCAGCUCACCAAGCUGCCUCCAUAUCUCAUCUUUUGUAUUAAGAGAUUCACUAAGAACAAUUUCUUUGUGGAGAAGAAUCCAACUAUUGUCAACUUUCCUAUUACGAAUGUGGAUCUGAGAGAAUACUUGUCAGAAGAGGUGCAGGCAGUGCACAAGAACACCACCUAUGACCUCAUUGCCAACAUUGUGCACGACGGCAAGCCCUCUGAGGGCUCCUACCGGAUCCACGUGCUUCAUCACGGGACAGGCAAAUGGUAUGAAUUACAAGACCUCCAGGUGACGGACAUCCUUCCCCAGAUGAUCACACUGUCAGAGGCUUACAUCCAGAUUUGGAAGAGGCGAGAUAAUGAUGAAACCAACCAGCAGGGGGCGUGAGGAGGCAUUGAGAACUUUGCUUUUUUCCCUGGGGCUUUGGCUGAAGAUGUAAAUGAGAAGACUGAACCCAGGUUGAGGGCAUGUCCCUUGAGCCAGGCCCGCUUUCUGUGCUCUGGUUCAUACCAGAGCCUCAGGGCUUCGUCUGCCUAGGAUGGCCCUGGGCUGUCACCCAGCUGUUCUUUGAUCAGUUUAUUGGCGCUGGAGGCCCCUUCCUCCUUCCUGUCUGGCUCCCCUCUAGCAGGGCCAAACUCUUUUACAGAUGUAUGUAAUUUAUUUCUGAGUAGCAGAGAGUAGCUGAAGGACAAGAUAGUUUUCUUCUAAGCAUCAAAGCUUCAGAAUCCUAGAAAUAAGAGCUUGAAGCCAGUAACACUCUUCUUCCAUAGUAGAUAAAUAGUUUUCCUGGGGUCCUCUUCAUUUCCUGAUGUGUGUUUUGGGAUGAAUGAAAUAUUUUCUCAUUUUUAAAACAGUCUCUUGUUUUAUAUCCUCCCUGUUAGGCUGCCUAAUGGAGAAGAUUUUUUUUUUAUUUUUUAUUUAUUUUAUUUUUUUUUUAGGGCCACAGUUGAGCCAUGGAAGUUCCCAGGCUAGGGAUUGAAUUGGAGCCGCAGCUGCUGGCCUGUGUCAUAGCUCAUGGCAAUGUCGGAUCCUCAACCCACUGAGCGAGGGGCCAGGGAUCGAACCUGAGUCCUCAUCGAUACUAGUUGUGUUUGUUACUACUGGGCCAUAAUGGCAACUCUAGGAGUGGACUUUUUCAGAAAACUCCUUACAGACUGUCUACCCUGUAGUCUGUCAUCUGGUGAAUGUUAUGGUCUCUUCCUCUCAGUGGUUAGGAAGCAGUUGUCUCUAAGUCACAAAGUCUCUGACUAAAAGAGAAAUUAUUGCUGGGCUUAACUGGAGUCAGGAGGUGGGCGGUUUCAGCCUGCAGUGCAGGGGUGUGUGAGAAGAGCCUCUGACUGUGUGCAACUCAGAGAACAUCUCAGCUGGGCCAGUGGGGAGCCCGGAGCAAAGGUUGCCUGUCAGAAGGUUCUAGCACAUGUGAUUUUGGACAAGCUCAGUCAUCGAUUAGGAGCUGCCUCGAGGGGAGUAUGGCCUUGGGCUGGGCACUGUGGCAGGUCUGAGGACAUGGCCAUUGGUGGAAGUCAGUCAACUGCAGCAAGUUCUCUUAAGGGGAGGAAGGAACCAUGCAUCCCUGGCUGCCACCCUUUGCUUCUGGGAUGCAGUACAGUGGUCCCUAGGUAUCCUAGUUGUUCUAGGACCCUGCGUACACCAAAUUCUGAGGAUGCUCAAGUCCCCUGUAUAAAAUGGUCUAGUGAUGGCGCAUAACCUACACAUAGCUCCCUAUCUACUUUAAAUCAUCUCUAGGUUACUCGUAUGCCUAGUAUAAUGUAAAUUAAAUAGUUUCCAGUCAUGUGAUAAAUUCAAGUGUUGCUUUUUGGAAUUUCCUGGAAUUUUUUUUUCCUGCAUAUUUUCGAGCCUAGGCUGGUUGACUCUGCAGAUACAGAACCUGCAGCUAUGGAGGGCCCCGUGUUCAUCUUCUUUUCCUCUGCCUCUUAUCAGCUUCAGCAUUUCCUCUGCAGGCUCAUCUUCUUCUGUCCAGGCGUUAAAACUUGGGAUUCCUUGGGAGUUCUUGCUGCGGUGAGCGGGUUAAUGACCCAGCUUGUCUCUGGAGGUGCAGUGGGUUAAGGAUCCUGCAUUGGCUGCAGCUCUGGUUCAGAAUUGAUCCUUGGCUCAGGAACUUCCACCUGCUGCGAGUACACCUAAAAUAAGCUGGAUAUUUUUCUAGGGUCACCCUACCCGCACCACUUCCCUUUGUCUAAUCUGUUACUGAGGCCUGUCUUUUACUUUCUGAGUAAAUCUUUCUGCUGCUUUUCAUUCUCUGCCACUGUCUAGUCCAGCCUAGUACCAGCUUAAUCCAGGUCCAAUCAAGAGAGAGGAACUGGAUUCGGGUUCAAUCCCUGGCCUAGCUCAGUGGCUUAAGGAUCCAGCGUUACUGUGAGCUGUGGUAUAGGUCGCAGACGUGGCUUGGACCCCACAUUGCUGUGACUGUGGUGUAGGUCAGCAGCUGCAGCUCCGGAUCGACCCCUAGCCUGGGAACUUCCAUAUGCUGUGGGUGGAGCCCUAAAAAGACAAAAAGAGAAAACCUAUACAAAUAAUCUGAUCAGGAAAAGUUUGAUUUUAGCAGUUAAUAACUAUAAGAGGACUGGAAUAACCGGGAAUUGGUUAGUAAUGAGAGAAUAUAGGAAUAGCAGACACAAGGAACAACUGCCACCCCUACGGGUGACACAGAGCAUCCAAGGCAGAAAUCCAGACCCUGCUGAAACUCUGUUGCACUGGACCCUGUCAGAAACCUACUCUCUAGUGCAUUACGGAAGGCUGUUUACGGGGAGGCGUCUCAGUUUGUUACCAAAGUGCCUGGGAGCCGGGAACUGCCUGGUGAAGCUGCCGGGUGCUUGGUGGUGCUGCUGUGCACUGCAGGAGCCAGGCACUGGAAAAUCUUCGAGCACAGCAGGAGCCUGAUGCUGAAGAAGCUGCACUCAGUGCUUUUAAGGGAGCACACAGGAACCGGGAAGCAAAGCCCUGUCUUCUGUGGUUUGUCUCCACUACUGUUUUCUAGCAAAGCUUCAAUGUAGCUGAAAAGGAAAAGUCUAACGGGCUCAAAGCCAUUUUCACAGAACAGGCAAGAAGGGUGCCAGUGAAUUUGGAGCUGAGGGCACUAAAUUGAUAACCUGCCCAGCCCCCUUUUGAUGACUCAGCUGCAACAACCACAGUAAAAAAGACAAAAAGAACAGUUGCCCUUCCUGCAAGAGAACAGUUUUCAACCUUUUUCAAAAUGAGAUGCACAGUCCCAAGAGUCAUGCCUCCAUUGAUAGUUUUAUAUAUUACUCUUGAGAUCCAGUUAGUCUCACUGAAUCUUACAACUUAAAAACUAGGUUGUAAACUUCCAGCAAGUUAACUUAAAAGCAGGAAGAAAAAAAAACAUUUACAAAUUGUUGUGUACACGUAACAGGCAAAUAGAAAAUGAGCAAAGCAACUUAAAGAGUCCUCACUUCUGGGAGUUCCCAUCGUAGUACAGCAGAAACAAACCCAACUAGUAUCCAUGAGGAUGCAGGUUUGAUCCCUGGCCUCGCUUGGUGGGUUAAGGAUCCGGCGUUACCAUAAGAUGCGGUGUAGGUCACAGAUAUGGCUUGGUUCCCGUGUUGCUCUGGCUGUGGCAUAGGCCGGCAGGUAUAGCUCUGAUUCGACCCCUGGCCUGGAACCUCCAUAUGCCAGGUGCAGCCCUGAAAAAAAAAAAGAGUCCUCACUUCUGUACCUGGUCAUCACAUUGCGAUUGAAGCUGUGUGAAGCUUCUUCCACUAUCCCUCCAUGUUUUCUCUGCCCUUAGCUCAAACCACAGCUAUUCAGGGUUCUUUACCUGGUACAGUGGCCCAAAUCUUCAGUCCCUGAGAGCCUGGCUUUUUAAUCAUCUUCCCCUCCCCCUGGGUGCUAUAGUUUUCCAUUAACCUUUGCUGUUGGACAUAGUUCAUUUCGCCUCCAUCGUGUGGAAGCCAGCACCCUUUCUCUCUGAUCAUCAGGGUCAGUCACUCAGACAGAUUACACUCCCCUCCCCUGCUCCCCCACUGCCCUCCCCCCCAUUGGUUCACUAGCAUAAGAGCCCAGAAUGUCCAGGUGGUAGUCUUAUCUUCCAAAUAGUGCAAACAUUCCUUCCUUGGGAACUAAGAUCGCCAAGCCAGCGGGGCUUAAAGUUUCGGGGACAGGAAGCAAAAAUUCUGCAAGAGGAUUACUAGGAUUAAUAAAGGCAACCCUCUGACAG